AUAUUCAACAAACAGAUCCCCAUAAUUGUUAUAUCAGCAUUUAUUGGGUUGGCUUUACUUAUCACGUUCGCAUCAUACGCGUCAAUUUGGAUCAAAUUCAAAAAGAGAGUUUUCAAGCCUCGCACGUCAGCCACAGAGAUGAACAAAAAUCUGGUGAAAACGCUAUUCAUAGCUACGGUUUUAUCCCUUAUAUCGUGGCUACCAUUCAAAAUCAUUUUUAUCCUUUUUCAUCUUCUUUCCAAUGUGCAGAUCUCAAACAGCAUAAUAGUUAUAACUCGACUUGUUCAGUACGCAAACUCACUUUUGAACCCCAUCGUCUAUAAUCUUAGAAUGCCCGACUUUCGAAGAGAAAUGAAAAAAAUUCUUUGUGGGUGUGUUGUAAAAGACAUUCCAAAGGGCAACAUUCGGCUGGUGUCCAUGAAAAGUAGUAGCUAACACAAAGGACCUACACAAUCUUUUUUCGAGCAUUAGAUAGAGGGAGCCAAUGUUUAAAAGUGCAGUGGGGGUUGUUAUUGUUAGAUUCUCGUAAAUCAGUCAUCGUCCUAAAGUAAACAAAUAAUACCAUUAAUAAUAAUAAUAAUAAUAGUACCAUAACAGCAUAAUCAAAGAUGGCAUCAGCGCAGUAUGGAGAAAGUGUGGAAAGUUCGAUGAAUCUGUAGAUCACAUGUUUUCUGGCAGUCCAGAACUUCCCAAGACUGAAUACAUUCAAAGGCACGAUAACGCAGCAUUACAUAUACAUUGGAAGGUCUGCCAGAUCUAUAAAAUCACGAGCGCUGACAAAUUGUGCGAAGACAAACCAGAAACUGUUGUAAAAACGAAGAGACAACGAUUCUGUGGAAUAUGCCAAUUCACACUGAUAGAGAAAUAG